GAAAAAUAAUAAAAAUAAAAACAAAAGAGAAACAUAUCUGCAAAUGUAAGGGAAAUUUAUUUAUUCUCCACUCACAGAUUUAUAUACUGAAAGAGCUUCCCCUCACAAGGUUUCUGUGACGGAAUCAGGGCUAAAAAACCCUUGAGGACCAAAGAAUUUGAUUAAGGAUGGCGCAGACGAUCGCGCCUCUGGCCCGCAGAUCCACGCGUCACCUGCAAGGAAAUGGCAUUUUUAGAGGCUUUGGGCGGGGCUACGCUGCGAUCGCUUCUGAUUUUGAGAGAAGAUCAAUAGCUAAAGGAGAUGCGAAAUCCAGCAAUAUAUGCGAGGCUUUGGAAGCGCAGGAAGCGAAGCUGCAAGGAUUCAAUUCUAGUUUUCCUAAGGAUGCAGGUCAUAUAAACUGUAGGCAAACCCUGUCAACUGAAUUAUCAAGAAAUGUGCAAACAAGCUCAAUUCCAGUAAUUGGCACAUAUUGCAUGUUUGGACCAAGAAACAGUGGGCAGAGACAAAUUCAUUGGAACAGAAUAGUCAUGGAUAAUUUAUCAGGAAAGAGUGCAUCAGCUUACUUGAAGCGGGGUUUUGCAUCUGAUGCUGGGCUUCCUCCACAUGAGGAGAUUGGAAUGCCAUCACUUUCCCCAACAAUGACAGAGGGGAACAUUGUAAAGUGGCGUGUUAAAGAGGGAGAUAAAGUUUCCCCUGGAGAUGUACUCUGCGAAAUUGAAACUGAUAAAGCAACACUUGACAUGGAGAGUAUGGAGGAAGGGUUUGUUGCAAAGAUUCUUCGGGAUGAUGGAACAAAGGAAAUCAAAGUUGGCGAGGUGAUAGUAAUCACAGUGGAAGAUGAGGCCGACAUUGCAAAGUUUAAGGAUUACAGUCCUUCAGGACAGGGUGCUGCAACGGCUCCAGUAAAAGAUUCUUCGAAGGAAAAGAGUUCUUCACCACCUCCACCAAAGGAAGAUGCUCUAAGUUCUACUGAAACUCCUAAAGCAGAGAAGGCAGCAGCAGUUCCUCAAGCUGAAGAUCGCAUUUUUGCUACUCCUAUUGCAAGAAAGAUGGCAGAGGAUCAUAAGGUGCCUAUUUCAAGCAUAAAAGGUACUGGCCCUAAUGGACGCAUUGUUAAGGCUGAUAUAGAGGAUUAUUUAGCUUCAAGUGCAAAGCCUGCAAAACCUUCUGUGUCUCCUACCAUGACACUUGAGUAUGCAGACAUACCGCAUUCCCAGAUAAGGAAGGUUACAGCUUCGCGUCUUCUUCUUUCUAAACAGACAAUUCCUCACUACUAUUUGACAGUUGAUACACGCGUUGACAAGCUUAUUGAGUUACGUAGCCGCCUCAAUGCUGCACAAGAAUCAUCUGGUGGGAAAAGGAUUUCUGUCAAUGAUUUUGUAAUUAAGGCAGCUGCGUUAGCUCUUCGCAAGGUUCCCCAGUGCAAUAGCUCAUGGACAGAUGAAUUUAUUCGACAGUAUAAUAACAUAAACAUCAGCAUUGCAGUACAAACAGAUAAUGGUUUGUUUGUCCCAGUUGUUAAAGAUGCAGAUAAGAAGGGUUUGUCCCUCAUUUCAGAGGAUGUGAAGCAUUUGGCACAGAAGGCAAAAGAGAAUGCUCUGAAACCAGCUGAUUAUGAGGGUGGCACGUUCACAGUAUCAAAUUUGGGAGGUCCAUUUGGAAUAAAACAAUUUUGUGCUAUCAUCAAUCCUCCACAGGCAGGAAUUCUGGCCGUUGGUUCAGCUGAAAAACGACUUGUCCCAGGAUCAGCUAAUGAACAAUUUGAGGUUGGUUCAUUCAUGUCAGUUACACUUAGCUGUGAUCACCGAGUCAUUGAUGGUGCAAUUGGCGCUCAAUGGCUUGGGGCAUUUAAAGGAUAUAUUGAGGAUCCUAUGACAAUGCUACUCUAAAGAGUUGUUCAAAGGGGCUGGAACUAGGUUGGCAUUUGUUGAAGCAAUAAAUCUGGUCAAGGUUGUAUUAAAGUCAUUUUUAACAUGACAGAAGGCAUUUUUUUGCAACAUUUUUUUAAAGCAUUCUCUUUAGAAGGGCACUUUAGUUCACAAGGUGAGAUUUACCUGCUUGAAUAAAUCAGGGUGAGUGAGAUUUCACUCUCACAGGAGAGGCUGGUCAUUUUGCAGCUUCCAUAAGGAUGCAGAAGAAACUUAUGAACGAUUUUUGCUGGAAGGCUAUUCAAAAUGGAUACAUUUGAGGCUCUUUGCAAUUUGGGCAGACAAUUUUGUUAAACUUUAUUCAAUUCCAAAUGUGUGCUUAUAUUCAUGUUCA